ACUUGCCCGAGUGACCUUUGUGCUAUCAGCUGUUUUACAGUGAUCAUAGUGCACAUGCAACGUUAGAGAUCGGAUGAUCUCACGUCAGGUUACGUGUUAGAAACUGCUUUUCCGGCAUGGUUUGCUCGGGUACCUUCUGACGACGUCUUCCCCCGUCUUCUGUCGUCUUGUUUAAGUGUGAAAGCUUCUGAACAGGUGCAACAUGGAGUACGUAAAACAGGGCUGCCUCCACGAGAUGUUUGUCCGCCAGGCGCAGAAGACUCCGGACGCCGUGGCCGUGGUCUCGGACGACGGGAGGCAGCUGACGUUCCGGGAGCUGAACGAGUUGACGGAUGUCCUGGCGCUGCACCUGCAGCUGAAGGGGGUACAGGUGGACACCAUCGUCGGCAUCUAUCUGGAGAAGUGCCUGGAGUACCCCAUCGCCUACAUCGCCACUCUCAAAGCAGGUGCCGCGUACAUGCCACUGGAUGUGUCGUACCCAGACCCCCUCCUGCACGACAUCCUGCGGGACUGCGAACCUGCUGCCGUGCUGACGAGUCCUGACCUCGCGGGAAGGGUCAAAGGCGUGACGUGUGUUGUCUUUGAUGACAACUGGCAAGAAAAGAUUAAGGAAGAAAACAAAGAACUGCUGGGGAUUUGGCCAGGAACAUGCCAGCCUCCUCAUGUUGAUCUGGACAACCUUGCUUACGUCGUUUACUCCUCUGGAACAACAGGGAAGCCUAAAGGCAUCAUGUGUCCCCACAGAGGCGCUGUGUUUUCCUACCACUGGCGCCACGAGAACUACCCGUUUGCCGAGGACGACAGAGUAGCAUGUAACGUCUUCUUUGUGUGGGAAAUGAUGCGGCCUCUUCUUAAAGGCAUCCCCCUGUAUGUGAUCCCUGAUGAUGUCAUCUAUGACCCCACCCUCCUGGUGGAGUUCCUCGGCCGUCACGGCAUCACCCGUAUCCUCUUCACACCCUCCCUGCUGGAGGCUGUUCUAGACACAGAGGGAGUCAACCUGAACAAUCUACAGAACCUCCGAGUGAUCUGGCUGUGUGGUGAGGUCGUCACCACAAGUUUUUGCGAGCGUGUGUGUAAGGCUCUGCCCUGGGUCCAGCUGCUCAACCUGUACAGUGUCUCCGAGACACACGACAUCGCAGUGGAGGACCUCACAGCCUACUACAAGGCAUCACAAGAGUCGUCAAGUCAGCGGAAGUUCUGUCCUGUAGGAAGACUACUGGAAGGUGUGAAGGUUUACAUCAUGAAUGAGGAGCUCCAGCCACAACCUGUGGGUGUCCCAGGAGAGAUCUACAUCACUGGUCCAACCCUGGCAAAGGGUUACAUCAACCGGCCCCAGCUGAACAAGGCGCGCUUCCUGCCAUGUCCAUCCAGACUGGCGGUGAGCGACGGAGACAAGCUGUACAAGACCGGAGACUGGGGGUAUCUCCUGUCGGACGGACGGCUGGAGAUCUGUGGGAGAUGUGACACCAUGGUGAAGAUCAGGGGAUACAGCAUUGAGAUACAGGCUGUGGAGGCUGCCCUCCUGGAGCUGCCCCUGGUGAAUGCGUGCGUGGUGCUGGCGCAGGGCGAGGAGGGUACAGACAAGUUCCUGGUGGCGUAUGUCGUUCCCGAGGGAGAAACCAGCCGGAGGGAGAUCCGGGCGGAGCUGAAGAGACGGCUGCCCUUCUACAUGAUCCCUGCUCACUUUGUUUUCCUCGACAGCAUUCCUCUCCUCGCAUCCUCUGGGAAACUCGACAAGAAGGCGCUGCCCCCGCUGGACAUGGGCGGGGAGGCCGAGGCUGAUGAGACAGGGGCGCCGGCCACGGACACGGAGAGGGCACUGGCCUCACUGUGGUGCUCCAUACUGCAGCUGAAGACUGUGGACGUACAGGAGAGCUUCUUUGACUUGGGAGGCCACUCCCUGCUGGCAGCCAGGCUCCUGUCUAAGGUGAAGGAAGAGCUUGACGUGGCCCUGUCAGUUAAGGACCUGUUCCAACACCCCACCGUCUCAUCCAUGGCCCAGCUACUGGACACCAAAAAGGCUCCGGAUAGGAAACGCAGUGCGUCAGAGCCUUCAGAACGUAAACUUGACCUGCAGAAGGAGGUGGACCUGUACGACCAGGCCGGAGUCAGUCUGGACAUCCAGCUGCGAGCGUUCUGGCGGUCGGUCCAGUACGGCAACCGCUGGAACAAUGGAGGGGUCCUGCUCACCGGUGCCACAGGAUUUCUGGGUGCCUUCAUAUUGAGAGAUCUUCUCAGAAGUACAAAGGUCCAUGUGUACUGUCUGGUGCGUGAGCUGCCUGAGUUGAGUGCUAAGGAGCGCCUGCGGGACAACCUGCAGUAUUUCGGCAUCCUCCCACAAUGUAACGGCAGGAGCAGUCCCAAUACCAACAUGUUCCCUUCUGGAAAUUACAGUGGAAGACUCAGCCCAGGACACAACAGCCCGUCCAGAAGUCGGAGCCCAUCAGGACGACACAGCCCGUCCGGACGCCGUUCCCCGUCAGGGCGGCGCAGCCCGCUCAGCAGCCGGAACCACCUGGCCGUCAGUCCCGGGUACGCAGGUCAUGUGACUGAGGAGAUGGAGCAGAUGGAGAAGGCUUUUGAGGAAAGAAUCACCUGCAUCAAAGGUGAUGUUUCCCUGAUGAACCUGGGCAUGAGUGAUGAGGACUACAACUUCCUCAGCCAUGAGAUUGACUUCAUCGUCCAUGCUGCUGCACAUGUCAACCUUAUCUAUCCAUAUGAGGCCCUACAUGGCCCUAAUGUCCUGGGGACCCAGAACGUGGUGCUCUUUGCCUGUACCAACAAGAUCAAACCUCUUCACUACAUCAGCACCAAUGCCGUGUUCCCCCACGGCUGCCGGCAGUGUGGGGAGGAGGAGGACAUGCUGCAAUACGCCUCUCAGCUGACAGAUGGCUACGGGCAGACCAAGUGGGUGGCAGAGCAGCUGGUGCUGAGGGCCAAGGCUAGGGGCUUGCCUGUCACAGUCUACAGACUGGGUAACCUGUCAGGAGACAGCCAUCUGGCCUACUGGAACCCUGCAGACUUCAUCCUGCUGACCCUGCAGGCCUGUGUGGACACCAUGGCUGCACCUGACAUAGACUGGCAGAUUGAGAUGACUCCAGUAGACUUUGUGAGUGAGACCAUCGUGAUGCUGUCACAGAACAUCAUGCUGGCGGCAGGAAAGAUCUUCCACCUCAUCAACCCACAGCCCAUCAAGUCACAGACCCUGUUUGAUUGGAUGCGUGUGAAUGGAUACCCCCUGAAGUUACUUCCACACAAGGACUGGUGCACAAGGGUGGAACAACACAGUCGAGAGCAGGGGGAGGAGUCAGGCCUUGGCACCAUGAUCAGGGACCCCACAGUUUUCACAGCUAGAAGCACCUACAAUAUGCACAACUUCAACUUCGUGAUGUCGGCACUGGGGCUAGCGUACCCAGAGAUCACCAGGGAACUUCUCAGGACAUACUUCCACAACCUCACCCAGCGAGGGGUGCUCACCUGUAACAAGAAACUGCGUGCAGCGUCUGGUCCGCUAGCUGGGAAGGUAGCCGUGGUGACAGGUGCGUCCAGCGGUAUCGGAGCCAGCACGGCGCUGUACCUGGCGCGUGCGGGUGCGCAGGUGGUGCUGGUGGCACGCCGGGUGGACCGGCUGCAGCAGCUGCAGAAGGACGUGGAGGCAGAAGGGGGCGUCGCCAUCGUGGGCAAGGCUGACGUGGUCAACAGGAAAGAGGUGAAGGACAUGAUGAAGCAUGUGGAGACUACACUAGGUGGGGUGGAUGUGCUGGUGAACUGUGCCGGUGUGAUGUACUACACCAUGAUGAAGAACAUGCAGGAAGAGCAGUGGGAGAGACAGGUCGACCUCAACUGUAAGGGUGUGCUGAACUGUAUAGGAGCUGUCCUGCCAGGCAUGGUGGAGAAACAAACAGGCCACAUCAUAAACAUGUCUUCUGAUGCUGGAAGGAGGGGUUUUGCAGGUCUUUCUGUGUACUCAGGCACAAAGUUCUUCAUCGAGGGUCUGUCUCAGGGGAUGAGGCACGAGCUGUCAGGGUCAGGGAUCAGGGUCACCUGUAUCCAGCCAGGGGACGUCAAAACAGAACUCCUGGGCCAUACAACAGACAUGGAGGCUAAGGAACAGUUUGAUGGCAGUGGACAGUGCACCAUCCUCAACCCUGAAGAUGUUGCCAAUGCUGUGGUGUACGCAGCCAGUCAGCCGCCCCAUGUUGGUGUGAACGAGAUUCUCAUUGAGCCAAGGGAGGCACCAAUCUAGAAAUCUGGUGAACCACGAUGUACUUUGCCCUGUCUUUCAUGGAGAAUGAUAUGAAGAACCAAUUGCAAGAAAAUAUCUCUCUCUGCAGUUCUUGUAGCAAACAGGUUUAGAAUGAUACUGAAGCAAUGUUGAACAGUGAUUCCUAAUACAAAAAUUGGACUUACCUAAAGUUUUGACAGACCAACUCUGGUCUUUGCCAAGGAACGAGCAAUCCACUGCUUCUGUGACAUCACGUUAUACAGAUAGAACAUGUGACUCAGUGAACAGCAGAUCAACCAACACAGAUAAAGUUUCAAGCUAAGGUUUAAAAUGAUGUCUUUCAAAUCUCUUUAUCACAACAAGGCUACUGAAAGCAUUCCCUGUAAAGCCCAUGUACUGAAGAAAGAAAGCAAUUCAGCUUGAUUCUUAUACAUGUUUAUUAUUAGAUAGAAGUAUUGCUGACUCUUGUUGCCAAACAGGAAAUGUUCAAUGUUGCCAAAUGUUACACUCAAACUUGUUGGCAGAUGUGUGCUGAAAAAUUAUUUUAUUCUUCUUGUCAAAUGGGUUGCAAAUGUGGGAAAUACUAAUAUUAUUAUUAUUGUUAUACUAGAUUAUUUAUCAAUUUAAGUGGCAAUAAACUAUUUAAUUUCAUGGUGAAAGGACCACAUAUAUGUCUACAUAAAAG